UCAGAAUUCCCCAUAGGUGUUUGACAGGGUUCAGAUCAGGAAACAUAUUUGGCCACUGAAUCACUUUCACCCUGUUCUUCUUCAGAAAUGCAACAAUGGCCUUAGAUGUGUGUUUAGGAUCAUUGUCAAGUUGGAAAGGUGCUCAAUGACCAAGGCCACCAAGUGAUGGUAGCAUCUUCUCUUAGUGAUGCAGAACUCAUGCAGCCCCACAGAAGGACACUGCCACCACCAUGUUUCACUGUAGGCACCAUGCAUUUUUCUUUGUACUCACUCACCUUUGUGACGCCACACAGUUUUGAGACCAUCAGUCCCAAAAACAUUUAUCUUGGUCUCAUCACUCCUAGAGUACAGAGCCCCAGUAGUCUUCUUCUUUUUCAGCCUGGCCCUGGCAAAUUCUAGGUGGGCUUUUUGUGCAUGGACUGUAGGAGAGGUUUUUUUCGUGGACAACACCCAUGCAUGCCAUUCUUCUGCCGUGUACACCGUAUUCUGUCAUGGGAAACAAUCACCCCAGUUUGGUUUUCUACUUCCUUAGUUUACUGCAGUGAACUUGCAUGGCGAUUUGCUUCAACCCUUCUCAUCA